CACCUCAUGCACUUGGUGUCCAAUGAUGGUGAUUGCUGGGCUGGCAGCUUUGUUUCUUUUUUUAGUAAGUUUCACUCUUAGCCAAGUUCACUUUCUUUUUUGCUGAAUUCAAUGUUUCUAACUUUUGAAUUGAGUAAAACCUGCUCGGCUCCCUGAACUGCUACUUUCUGUUGCAGUGUGAGUGAAUGUGUGAAAGUGAGACCUUGGGUUUUCUCAAACCCCUUUCCCUUUUGUAAAGACAUCUCUUUUUCUUUAUAGUUCUAAACUUAAAUACAAAAAUGGAAACUCUUGUUCAACUAAAAAGCAACCCGUUUUUGAUGGGAUUGUGUCGCAACGGGCCUCCACCUGACCUGCAAUAUGAUAACUCCUCAGAGCUCUUCCGCAUCUCUACCUUUGCUCGAUUCCCAGCUUCCGGAGUCACAGAGCGAAGUUUGGCGAGGGCCGGUUGGUUCUACACCGGCGUGGGCGAUCGCGUGCAGUGUUUCAGGUGUAACGUGACGGCAGAGGGCUGGCAGGCCGGAGACUGUCCAACAGAGAAACACAGACAGCUCUCUUCUUCCUGCUCCUUCAUCCAGAGCCUCCCAUCUACAGCCAACCUGCUCUCCUCCUCGCACUCCGCCUUCUCUCCACUCCGCAUUGCCCCAGCCAUACCACUUUCUGGUCCAGCCCCUGCUGCUCCUAACCCGACAGUAAGCCAAGGUGAGGAGCCUGUGGGCUACUUAAAUAUGGGUUUCUCUGCUCCACCACCCUCCAGCCCCCUCAGCUCUCGUGGUGUAGAGGACAUGUCCCACCAGAGACCAACAUGCCACAACCCCAGCAUGCGCAGAGAGCAGGACCGCCUGGACUCCUUCCACCCCUGGACGCUCUCCAUAAUAACUCCUGCUGAGCUUGCCAAGGCAGGCUUCUACUACCUGGUCCAGGGCGACCGAGUGGCCUGCUUCAGCUGCGGAGGACAGUUGAGUAACUGGGAGCCAGGUGACAGAGCUGUAUCCGAGCACCAGAGGCAUUAUCCAAACUGUCGUUUUGUGCGAGGGGACAGAGCUGACAACGUGUCGCUGGCCGCAGCUGCGUCUGGAGGAGUAACUUCUCAACUGUCUUCAGGAGCCCCCGCUCUCAGUAAUGUGUCCAACCCUGCCAUGCAGCAGAGCGAUGAGAGGCUGCUCACUUUUGUCAACUGGCCAUCUCGUAUCCCUGUCAGGCCUGAACAGCUGUCUAAAGCUGGUUUCUACUAUGUAGGUCGUAACGAUGAUGUCAAGUGUUUCUGCUGCGAUGGAGGCCUGCGAUGCUGGGAGUCCGGAGAUGAUCCUUGGGUUGAACAUGCUAAAUGGUUCCCUCGAUGUGAAUAUUUGCUCCAGGAGAAGGGACAAGAGUUUGUUAACCAGAUCCAGGCUCGCUUCCCUCGGCUGUUUGAGCAGCUCUUAACAAAUGGAGACAGCAGCAGAGAGUUUGUGGAUCCACCUGUGAUUCACCUCGUGCCAGGAGAGGAGCGGUCCGAGGACGCUGUGAUGAUGAACACCCCGGUGAUUAAGUCUGCUUUAGAGAUGGGCUUUGAGCGUAGCCUAGUCAAGCAGACGGUCCAGAGCAAGAUCCUGACCAGCGGAGAGAACUACAGGACAGUCCAGGAGCUGGUUUCAGACCUGCUCAGUGCCGAGGACCAGAAAAGGGAGGAGGAGCGAGAGAUGGUUGCGGAGGCGAUGGCAUCAGAUGGUUUCACCUUUGUGAAGAGACACCAGGCAGCGUUGAUCCAGCGUCUGAAGAGUGUGGAGCCAGUGCUGGAGCAUUUAAGAGAGCAAAAUGUGUUAUCUCCAGAGGAGUAUGGCGGUCUUAAGGCUCAGACGUCGGCUCAGCAGCAAACUGCCAGGCUGAUAGAGCUCGUCCUCACCAAGGGGAACGCUGCAGCCGAGGUCUUCCGCAACUGGAUCCAGAAAAACGACGUCCACCUGCUCAGAGAUCUCAUGGCCCAAUCAAACGAAGCUGCAUCACCAAGCCAAGAUCUUUCAGACCUCCCCAUGGAGGAGCAGCUGCGGCGCCUGCAGGAGGAGCGUACCUGCAAGGUGUGUAUGGAUAAAGAAGUCAACAUCGUGUUCAUCCCCUGUGGACACUUGGUGGUGUGCAAAGAGUGCGCCCCGUCACUGCGAAAGUGCCCAAUCUGCAGAGGCCUGGUUAAGGGCACGGUCCGAACCUUCCUCUCAUAACCAGAAGGAAGUGUUCUCUGUCGCACAAAGAUGUUUGAAUGUAAGCAAUAUGAUAGAAAUGUAUGUACAGCUGAGACAUAACCUUAUCUGAUAGAGAUGUAAGAAUACAGUCAGUUGUAAUGUUCAGUACACGACUCAGUUUUAUAACUAGACUGAGUGAUAUGUUUGAAACAAUCAUACUUUUGCUUUUAAUUAAUAGGCAUCAUCACAAAUUUCAAUGACUUAUUCUGUGAAAUGACUUAAGAUUGUAUUAUACGAAUAUGAUUCCUUUGAAGUUCUAUAACAGCGGCCCUGCAGUAAAUAUCAGUUUGGUAAAGGUUUGAAUCUAUUUCUUUUCUUAAUUGUCAGACUUAUCAAUAAGAUGGUCAGCACUCACUGAAUAAAUAAAACAAUCUCUAAAUAAUGCAACUUGAUGAACUUUGGCAAGUUAUAUAUACUGCAGGGCUUUUGACUUUACUUGUGAAAUUAUAACCAAAUUAUAGCUCAUAACACAUCUUUUAGCAAAUUUAACUGACUUUGUAAAUUACUGUGUACUUUACAUCUCCAAUGUAAUAGCUUUUGUAUUUAUUUUAAUUAAAACAUGAAUAUAUUCUCUGUUCUUUAGUAAAGGUAAUCAUGUACUGGUCGUCAAUGACAUCUGGCGAUACUAGUCCAGCAUUUUCCCUGAGCAAAUGGACAACAUUCAGUCAAGUGGUCUGCACUUCCUAUGUGAAUGCAGGAACAAUAAUAAACCUGGUACCAA